ACUCCAUUACCAUUUUCGCUAUAUAUACAUAUUUAUAUAACUCCAGACUCCAACCAGCGACUCAACAAUGACAGGCAAGCUCGGCAUUUUCCCAGCCGCCGGAGGCCUCGGCGGCAGCACCCUCACACACCUUCUCCAACGAGUCCCAGCCACCGAACUAGUGCUUAUCACGCGCAAACCAGAGAACCUGGCCAAAGAGCAAGCCGCCGGAGCGACCAUUCGCAAGGGCGAUUUCAACGAUGUCCAGACCCUCGAGCACGCAUUCGACGGCAUCUCGACGCUGAACCUGAUCUCCUACGCGAGCUUCCAACACAAGCAUCGAUUCAAGGUCCACAAAGCCGCGAUCGACGCGGCUCUCAAGAGCGGAGUGACGCACAUACACUACUCGUCUCUGGCAUUCGCCGGCGAUGGCGAUCCCGAUACCAAGGCCCAUGUGAUGCUCGCGCACCUUGCCACGGAACGGUACUUGGCUGAGCUGCACGAUCGCAACCCGCUGUUCACGUACUCUAUCAUUCGCCAAGGGCUGUACUCGGAGUCUUUCCCCAUCUACACUGCCUAUUUCGAUGUCGAGGCUCCUUCGUGUGAGAUUCGCAUCCCCCACGAUGGCUCAGGCCCCGGUCUUGCUUGGGCGAAGCGGGAUGAGCUGGGCGAGGCUACGGCGAACUUGAUAGCACAGCACGCUCGAGACCCCGCUGCUUUCCCUUACUUGAAUAAGACGGUCCUGCUCUCUGGCCCGAGGGUUUGGUCUCUCGCCGAAACGGUCGAUGCUCUAAGCCGUGUGCUCCGUCGUCCUGUCCGCAUCCAGCAGGUACCUGUGGAAGAGUAUGUUAAGCAGCCACGGCUCCAUGCUGGUCUCGGUGGCGAACACUUGGCGCCUCGCUGGGCGACUGCUUAUGAUGGGAUCCGCGCUGGCGAGUGUGCGGUGGCUACGCCGACUCUGGCGAGGAUACUUGGGCGCGAGCCGGAGUCGUUUGAGACGACUAUCGGGCAUAUACUUUCGAAAUGAUGGAGGGGAAAGGAUGGAAAAGGCAUGUUUUAGCACUGGAGAGGGAUCGGGUGUGGUACAUCUCUAGACUUGAUACUUGUUUGAUAUGCAUUUUAUUGAUAGCUCAUGUUGUAUGUUAG